AUGUGUGAUAUCUAUAAAGUUGAAAAUGAGGAAAGGGAUAGUAGUGAUGAAAAUAAAGAGAAUGAGGAAAGGGAUAGUAGUGGUGAAAAUGAAGAGAAUGAGGAAAGGGAUAGUAGUAGUGAAAACGAAGAGAAUGAGGAAAGGAAUAGUAGUGAUGAAAAUGAAAAGAAUGAGGAAAGUGAUAGCAGUAAUGAAAAUAGUGAAAAUAUGUUACUAUAA